AGGCAGUCUUUUGAGAGACGUCGCGAAGGGAGUUCGUCUCGCGAUCUCGUGCCUCUGCUCGCCGCACCACAUUGGUUACACUCGUUUAUUUUGGGAUUUCAGUUUUGUUAAUCGUUUUCGGAUGAUCUUGUUUGACGUUACAUAAAGAUUUGGCAUUCGACUGUGACUUUGUGAGCCACCACCAUGCCAUGUGUUGGUUGCGACAUGUGGGAUAUUUUAGAUUUUUAAUAUUGAGUUACUUUUUAAUGUCGUCACACAUGGCUACUGUUUAAUAACAAUAUUGAUCUUGACAAAUGUGAUUGAAAAGGAUAAACGUAGUGUUUCUUAGUGUUGUGUCAUCGUGAAGUAAGUUGAGGAUUCCUUUGUGCGUGGUGUGAUUGCAAUGUCGUUGCUCAAUGGAUGCUGAGGGUCGGCUGGUGUUUUGGAAGAGCGGACUGUGGGAGGGUGGUGCGCCCACGCUCACCUGCAAUACUUGCAAAAAGCGCCGCGCAGACAGGAUGACCGCCAACGAACGCAUCACGUCGCAAGGUGAACUGAAGAAGCUAUCAGAAGAGAGUCUGACGCGGCAGCCGGAAGAGGUGUUCGACAUCAUCUGCAAGCUCGGCGAAGGCUCCUAUGGCAGCGUUUACAAAGCGUUACACAAGGAGAGCGGGCAGGUGCUGGCCAUCAAGCAGGUGCCGGUGGACACUGACCUGCAGGAGAUCAUCAAGGAGAUCUCCAUCAUGCAGCAAUGCGACAGCCCCUACGUCGUGAAAUACUACGGCAGCUACUUUAAGAACACAGACUUAUGGAUUGUAAUGGAAUACUGUGGCGCAGGCUCGGUGUCGGACAUAAUGCGGCUGCGCAAGAAGACGCUCUCCGAGGACGAGAUAGCGACCAUCCUCAUCGACACGCUGAAGGGGCUGGAGUACCUGCACCGUCGCCGCAAGAUACACCGCGACAUCAAGGCCGGCAACAUCCUGCUCAACACCGAGGGUCACGCCAAGCUAGCGGACUUCGGCGUCGCCGGACAGCUCACCGACACCAUGGCCAAGCGCAACACCGUCAUCGGCACGCCCUUCUGGAUGGCGCCCGAGGUGAUACAGGAGAUCGGCUACGACUGCGUCGCCGAUAUCUGGUCGCUGGGCAUCACCGCCCUGGAGAUGGCCGAGGGCAAGCCGCCCUACGGCGACAUACACCCCAUGCGCGCCAUCUUCAUGAUACCCACAAAGCCGCCGCCCUCCUUCAGGGAACCCGAUCAGUGGUCGCCCGAGUUCAUAGACUUCGUCAGCCAGUGCCUCGUCAAAAACCCCGAGGAGAGAGCCACCGCCGAGUACCUGCUGACCCACGAAUUUAUCGGUAACGCGAAGCACCCGAGCAUCCUGAGCACGAUGAUCGCGGAGGCGCGCGAGAUCCGCGAGAGCCAGGCCUUCCGCAACGCGCAGCAGAACUGCAACAACGCCAAGACCUUCGGCGCGGGCGACGCCUACAGCGAGGCCACCAUGAAGCAGCGCGACGGCACGCUGGUGCCCGCGCGCGACGGCACCGCCACCGCAGACCUCGCCGCAGACCUCGGCACCAUGGUCAUCAACGAGCCCGACCUCGCCACCAUGAAGAGGCACGACACGGACCCCAUGGACACGAACCGCCCCAAGUACCGGCCGCUCUUCCUCGAGCACUUCGAGAAGAAGGAGGUCAGCCGCGCCAGCAACGGCACCCUCGCGCACUCGCCGCCGCCCCCGGACGACGCAGCGCGGUCAGCACCACCUCCUUCCACCUCCACACCUCCCCACCUCCACACCUCCGCGGUGAGCGCGGGCGGCGCGGCGGGCGGGGGCGCGGGCGCGGGCGCGGGCGGGGGCCUGCAGCGAGCGCUCGUCGAGGAGGGCAACUUCGAAUUCCUGGCGUACCUGUCGGAGGGCGAGCUGGAGGCGCGCAUGGCGCGGCUGGACGCGGAGAUGGAGGCGGAGAUCGAGCAGCUGCGCGCGCGCUACGACCGCAAGCGCCGCCCCAUUCUCGACGCCAUUCAUCUCAAGCGCAAGCGCCAGCAGAACUUCUAGCCGCGCCCUAGUGCGGGACACGCCCCCCCGCCACCACGCCACGCCCCCAACCGGCAUCCUACAGCUAGCUUCAAGUAACAAUGCAAAAUACAUUUAUAUAGUUGACCUCGCUCAGUGUAUACGGAGCUCAUACUUAUAGAGAUUUACAAAUAGCUCGCACUUUUAUACUUCCACUUUGAUAACUUGAAGCCAACUUGAACUAUUUAUAAAAUGAUAAUGCAGAGCGCAGUAAUGUCUGAUGACAACGAAGGUGCACGGCCUCCAGUUUUUUGCUUAUUAGUUUUACAAUUUCUAAUAGAGUUGUACAAAACUAGCCAACUCUGUAUUGUGAGAUGAAUUUAAUCAUUUAUUUUCAAUGUU